UUCGUCUUUUUCCACAUGUGAAAAAGAUCAAAGAAACAACCCAAAUUGAAGCACACAGAAACACACAAUCCCAUCCCUUCUUUUUUCUUUUUCUAGCUUUGGAUCCCUUGGCUUCACAUGUGGAAAUGGACACACAUGUAAUCACAACCCAAACCCCCAAACAAAAUCCCUUGGCUUCAUCGCUUAAUUAGCACAAUUGAAAUGGCUAGUGAUAACCAACGUUUACAAUGUUGUUUCCAGGAAUGGAUGACCACUCAAGAACAAGAGUUAAGCGAGCUCCUCCAAGCCCUCAACCUAAAAGAAAAUGAUGUCAACUCAUCCGAAAACACGUAUGCCAAACUGGCUGAGAAGUCCAUCAACAGUUUCCAAGAAUACAUUGACAAAAGAAACCAACUGUCUCGCCGGGAUGUUUCAGGCCUUUUUGCACCCUCAUGGAACACUGCCUUGGAGAACUCCUUGCUUUGGAUUGCGGGUUGCAGACCCUCAAUGUACAUUCGACUCACUUACGCACUCUGUGGGUCACAGGUCGAGCUCCACCUCCCUGAAAUCCUCCAGGGCUUAGUCAGGGGAGACCUUGGCCAGAUUUCAGCAACACAGCUGGGAAAGAUAAACGAUUUGCACAUGAAGACUAUGAAGGAAGAAGAGAGACUAUCGAAUAACUUGGCGAGCUUGCAGGAGAACAUAGCAGACCAGCCCAUAGCCGUGAUUGCAAAAAGGUUGUGCCGGGUCGGUGAAUCAAGUGGGGACGUAGAUCUUGCACUGGACGAGCACAAGAGUUCUAUGGCGAGCAUGCUCCAGGAGGCUGAUAAGCUGAGGCUAAGCACGCUAAAGGAAUUACUAGGCAUAUUGACACCAGUGCAGGGAGUGGAUUUUCUCGCGGCAAGUAAGAAGCUUCACCUUUGCAUGCAUGAGUGGGGAAAGACAAGAGAUCAUAGGCAUGGUAGGAACUAAGAAUUCUAUAUAAUCUAUGCAUACCAUAAGCAUGUAAAAAUUUUAAGGUAACUUUUUUAGUUGAUCUGAAUGCAAUUAGCUAGUAGUAUCGACGUAUAAGCAAAAACUAUAUAAUAGUAGUAUCUAUUGAAUUUUUUGUUUGGUCUCAAUUUUUCUUUUCGGGAGAGGAAACAUAUAAAAUAAAUAAAUAAAUAAAAGAAGGGCCGGGCACUCCAUCUUAAUACUCACAGGUAGCAUACA